CCAGCUUUCACCAAUCCCAUUGCAAGCUUUACAGCCAUUAAGAGGGAUCGAAUAAGAAUAAGAAUAACAUCAGCGGCAGUACCAGUAGAGGAACCGGAAUAACAAUGGAAUAAAGUCCAAGCCCCAGCUGUAUCCUUGCAUGGAUCCCUUCUGCUUUUGGAAUAAUAUCCCGUCUCCAGCCAUUACUCGGGGUCUUGCUUUAUUCUUGCUUCUUCUUCUUCCUCUUCUUUGAAGUGGACAAGAAGAAGAAGAAAUUGAAGUCGGUGAGUAACUUUGAAAUCUUCUAAAGAGAGACGUGAGAAAGGUGGAGACCGUGGAGUCGGUGGUCAGAGGAUAGGCGCAACCGAACUAAGGGCUCGGCUUGGUCUCCUCCCGCCGCCGCCGCCGCCGAUUUCUUCUUCCCGAUAUCGUUCAAACCCUUCUUGCUUCGAAUCUUCGCAGCACACCUUGAAAUUAGCCUUCAAUUUAUAGUCCGGUCCUUCACGAUCUUCUGAGAUUUUCUUGAUACUUUAGGUCGAUUUUCGGUGGAUUUGAUUGACGAAUCUUGCGCGAUUUUGGGGGAUUUUUAUUAGAUUUGUAGGGGUUGAUUGAUGGGAGGGCGGAGCUCGAGAGAGGCGAGCCCGAGGAGCUUCCGGUCGGCAGGGUCGUUUCAAGACCGGAGCUACUCGCAGGAGCAGUAUUGGGGCCAGAGUUAUCCCUAUGAAGCGCCCGGGCAUCAGAAUUACCCUCCUCCGCCCCAAAGCUAUGGUGAGCCGGAGCAGGCCUAUCCACCGCCGUCUUCUGGUUUCUCGCAGCCAUCCCACACGCAGCCGUCCUACACGCAGCGUGCUGGUGGGUCUCGACCGAGGCUGGAUCGGCGGUAUUCGAAGAUAACCGACGAUUACAAUUCCGUGGAACAGGUCACUGAGGCUCUUGCACAAGCUGGCCUGGAGUCUUCAAAUCUUAUUGUUGGUAUUGAUUUCACGAAGAGCAAUGAGUGGACAGGUAAAUUAUCAUUCCACAGACGCAGCUUGCAUCACAUCGGUGAUAUUCCAAAUCCCUAUGAACAAGCAAUCUCUAUCAUUGGACGAACCUUGUCAGCAUUUGAUGAAGAUAACUUGAUCCCAUGUUUUGGGUUUGGAGAUGCAUCAACACAUGACCAGGAUGUCUUUAGUUUCCAUCCUGAUGAGAGACCAUGCAAUGGUUUUUCAGAAGCCCUAGCACGAUACAGAGAGCUUGUCCCCCAUCUGCGAUUGGCUGGGCCAACCUCGUUUGCUCCUAUUAUUGAAAUGGCUAUGACCAUUGUGGAACAGAGUGGGGGACAAUACCAUGUUUUAUUGAUAAUUGCUGAUGGGCAGGUUACAAGGAGCGUAGAUACUGAAUUUGGACAAUUGAGCUCUCAGGAGCAAAAGACUAUUGAUGCUAUUGUAAAAGCUAGUGAAUUUCCUUUAUCUAUUGUUCUCGUCGGAGUUGGAGAUGGCCCUUGGGACAUGAUGAAGGAAUUUGAUGAUAACAUUCCUGCCCGAUCCUUUGAUAAUUUUCAGUUUGUAAAUUUUACGGAGAUAAUGUCAAAGAACAUGCCCCAAACCAGAAAAGAGGCAGCAUUUGCUCUUGGAGCAUUGAUGGAAAUACCUUCACAAUAUAAAGCGACAUUAGAACUGGGAAUCUUAGGUCGUCGUUCAGCAAGGUCUCCAGAGAGGGUUCCUCUUCCCCCACCUGUUGGAGGUUACAGUACAUCUUUCUCUGGCUCUAAAAGUUUCCAGUCAACCAGUUUCCAGAAGAGUGCACCACCUUAUUCUGGAUAUGAUACAGCACCUAGUGCAGCUCCUACUGCACCAAGUGCAGCUCCUACUGCACCAAGUGCAUCAUGGGACAAUCAGCUUUGCCCUAUUUGUCUUACAAGCCCGAAGGACAUGGCUUUUGGUUGUGGACACCAGACUUGCUGUGAUUGCGGCCAGAGCCUUGAUUUGUGCCCCAUCUGCCGAAGUCAAAUUUAUACUAGAAUAAAGCUUUAUUGACGUGGUCAGCAUUUGUGGCAAUCAUGCUGCUGCUUCCGACGAGCAAUGAUGGGGGCUUCAUGAACACUGUUUGGGGUUCCGGUGUCCAAAUGGCUGUGUUUGAAGUAGUGAAAGUUGUUCAUUUAUAUUUCGGCACAGUGUUGCAGCAUCGUAGAAUUUUGUACAUAAAUAUCCUUUUGGGCCAAAAUUUAGGUUAGAGAAUUCUUCUCUUUUUUAAAUUGUUUUUGUUCAUGGUAUUUUACAUCUGGAGGUUGGAUCAUCUUUCAUGGCACUAAUAGCAUUCUUUGUUUGGUGAGCUGUCUUUAUCGUUAGAAGAUGCUUGUUUGUAACAUAUUGGCUGGGAUUCAAUAUUCUAGUUGACUAAAAUAAAGGAGACAAUUUUCUAGUUCAAA